CACACGAGGCAACUACCGGUAGAACUAGCUAAUCCCAGCAUUUGCCUUCUCACUACGAGAGGAUGACAAUCACGGCAAACRCGAAACCAACAAGAAAAUGCAAGAAAUGCGAGAGACAUCUGGGAAAAGAGUCGUACAGCACACGCAGAUGGAAAAGGAAGAUAAGCGAAUGCAAAGAAUGCUUCGCACCAUCUCAAAAURUUAGGUUACCACAGAAUAAGUCAAAGUCAUCGGUCAGCGUCCCUUGCGACUCAGAUGCGAUCCAAGCUGCUCCAGAGAUUAGAUCCAAGAAGCGGAAACGCAUGUCGACGAAAGGUGAUGGCGCAGCUGGAGCAAGUGAAAAGAUAAUUGAUAMAGAAGAGAUAAAGUCAAUGCUGAAGCAAAGAAUCGAGUCAAUUCCUAYCUCUGAGCAAAAGAUUAUAAGGAUUAUAUGGAUAUCGAAAUCUAUUUCUGCAAGAGACGAAAAGGCCGUGGCCAACAAGGUUGUGCUAAACGGAUGUUAUGGCCCUAUAGAUGAGCAACAAAUGGGCCACAUUCAAAAACAGAUUAAAUCGACUCAGGUUUCUCUUUUUCAGGCUAUCACUAUUCGGGCUGCCUAUCUCAAACAAAAAACUAUGUACCGAACUGCAUCCCUUCGAAAUUUAGGAAGUUCAGUUUUCAAUAAGUACAGGGUAGGACAUUCUGUAGUAGACUUAUCAAGGAGKUUUGACCAACCGCCUAUGAAUGUGUUUCGAACGAUUCUUUCUGAAAUGAAAUGGAGCAAGAAUGCAAUUAAAAAAGCUUUAAGAGAUCCAAAACAGUUCGGCCAACGCGAAAGAAAGGAGUUCCUAGCUGCAGAAUCUGCAGAUAUAGUGUCGAUGGUCAAUCAGAUAGACAUACAGRUGAAUUCUGAAGAAUUCGAAGACGCACUUUCGGUCUGGUUAAAAGGAAUGGGAAUUCGAUUUGUCAGACAAAAAGAGCUAGAAAAAGAACAGAAAAAAGCAUUUGGCAAAUCRAUUUUGACUCCUGAUUUCUUAUUGCUGGACCAGGUACUUAUAAACGGGGAUAGGUGCCAUUGGAUUGACUGYAAGGCAUACUAUGGGGCCAAUCUACGGCUUAGCAUAAAACAGACCCAAAAACAAAUGGCGCGCUAUAUUGAUCACUGGGGCUCGGGAGCUAUAGUUUACCUGCAAGGAUUUAGCGCGGCAAUCAAAAUGAAAGAUUGCAUAUUACUGGAUGCUCGGGGGGCUCUCGAUAGGAAGGUAUUGUCUCGACUGGAAAAAAAUCACUGUGAAGCUAUCAAUAAAGUGUCGAAAACAAUAUUCAGCUAAUAUUAGAAAAAAGGCAAACAAGAUGG